GGGGAUCCGUGGGAGCCGCGUGCGCUGAGUCAGAGCGCAGGAAUCCCGGCGGGGCCGUGACUCACCGCGCUGCUCCGGGCCGGGCGCAGCGCCGCCGCUGUGCGGGAUCGGGAGCCGCCGCCUCGGGGGUGCGGGGAACCCCACGCCUCCUUCCCGCUGCGGAGGGGCCAUGGGAUGCCCCCUCCCCCGGGCCCAGUGCGGGGACGGUGCCCCCCAUCCCUUGCGUCCCCGCGGGGAUCAGCUCUGCGCACCCCGUGUCCGCUGCUCCCGCUCUGAGGCAGGAGGGGUCGGGGGUUGGGGGGGGGAAAACUGUGCACCCCCCUCGUCAUGCAGAACCGCAGCGCCCCGUCCCCAGCUCAGCACCUCUGCACGGCGAGGUGCCAGUGUGGGGGAGGGGGCAUCAGGACCGGGGGGGGAGGGGUUCUGUCCUCCUGGGUCUGUCCGUGGGACCCCCCCCCACCCCGAGGACGAACACCGCCAUCAUAAACACAGCCCCAAAGAUCUGUGAGAUGCCAAGAAGUGCCCCAAAGCUGCCGUCCCCACGUACCUCCCUGGCCACCCACCCAACUCUGCGAGGGGGGCUGGGAGGGGGGUGGGGGGGAGGAACACCACCUGAGCUUGGCCACCCCCAUCCCUGCACCCAGACCCACGGAGGGGCCCCGUGUGCGGGCUGCCACAACCGUCACCCUCACCAGCACUUGGGCAUGAGGAUGACAAGUGCCAGCAAUCCGUGUGCAAGCACGGGGACAACAGGGCUGCCCCCCAGCCAGCAUGUUUCCCCACUCCCAGCACAGCUUUGGGGCUGGGAGUGGGCUCGAACCCCCCCGCCCUCCCCCCCGCAACAUGCUCCCCAUGUGCCCAAAGCACCUGCUGCCAUCAAUGCCCACCCGUGCUGUGCAUCUCACUCUGUCUCAGCUCACUCUGCAAUGACUGCUGCCACUGACACCCAUCCCUGGGCACUGGUUGGUGCUGGGGACACUGGUACCACCGCCAGCACCGUGAGUGCGGUGGCUGAGCAGGGAGCAGGGGCUGCUGCCUGAUUUCUGCCCCAUCCCCAUGCUCACCCCCAGCCCCCCCACCUCCCGCUAAUACCAUCACACAGCUCAGUGAGCAAAAAUGGGGCGCGGGCGAAACCCGGGGCUGGGAACACCCGGGGGCAAGGGGCUGCGUCCCCCAGCCGGGCUAUAAACACCAGCACACGGUGACAGUGGCACCCACACCCCAGCUCCCGCUGUCCCUGCUCGGCAUUAACACCGGCGAUGAUGGCGUGCCCCCUGGAGCAGGCGCUGGCCGUGAUGGUCUCCACCUUCCACAAGUACUCGGGGAAGGAGGGGGACAAGUUCAAGCUGAGCAAAGCGGAGCUGAAGGAGCUGCUCACCAGGGAGCUGCCCGCAUUCGGCACCAAGCAGAUGGAUGAGGGUGAGUUCCGGAGGCUGAUGAACGACCUGGACCACGACAAGGACAGCGAGGUGGAUUUCAAGGAGUACGCCUGCUUCCUGGCCUGCGUGGCCAUGGGCUACGACGAGUUCUUCCGCGAUGCCCAGCGGCUCCGCAAGAAGUGACCCCGCUGGACUGCGCCGCGCAAUAAAGUCCUCCCAGCGCCUCGCGUGUGACUCACA